AGCAAGAUGGCGGCAGCGGGGUCCGUGAGGCGCGGGCGGCGGCGACCGCGGCGCCAGUGAGCGGCCCGGGGGCCCGGGCGGCUCCGGGCCGGGGUCCCGCUUCGGGACGGACCAUGCUACGCUCCACCGGUUUCUUCCGGGCCAUCGACUGCCCCUACUGGGCUGGGGCGCCCGGGGGGCCCUGCCGGCGGCCCUACUGCCACUUCCGGCACCGCGGGGCCCGGGGCCCCGGCGCGCUGGUCGGCGGUGGAGCGGCGCCCUCCGCGGCAGGGCUUGGAUAUGACCCGUACAACCCCGAGCUGCCCAAGCCCCCCGUGCAGAGGGAGAAUGGCGCCCUGGGCAGCGGCGGGGAGCCCCGCUCGGACAUCCUGGAGCUGGAGCUGGUCAACCAGGCCAUCGAGGCGGUGCGCUCGGAGGUAGAGCUGGAGCAGCGGCGGUACCAGGAGCUCCUGGAGACGGCCCGCGAGCACCGCUCGGCCGAGGCCCCUGCCGUGGCGCCCCGAGGCCCCGCCACUAGUCCCGCCGCGGGCCUGGACGAGGACGCCUUCCCGCUGUCCUUCGAUUACAACCCUGGCGGCCGCCCGGGCCUGUUAAGCCCCGAUGCCGGCUACCAGCCCACUCCCCUGGCCACCGCCGCCGAGGCGGCCGGCAAGUACUCGCUGGCUGUGGAUCGCGCUCAGGGCCACGGCGGAGGGGCUGGCGGUGCCUUGGAGUACGUGCCCAAGGCUGUGAGCCAGCCCCAGCGGUACAGCCGCCCUGUCCCCAGCGGCAAGUACGUGGUGGAUGACUCCAAGCCGUCCACGGACCUGGAGUAUGACCCUCUGUCCAACUUCUCUGCCCGGCUGCUCAGCAGGGCCAGCUCCAAAGAUGACAGGGCCCCCAAGCGGCCCUGGGGCUCCCGGGGUAGCGAGCCCUACACGCCCGCCCUCAAGAAGCCCUGCGACCCCUUUGCCGGCUGCGACGCCAGGUUCUCAGACUCGGAUGAUGACGCCGCCGCUCCGGGUGAUGGGCCGGUCACCACGAGCCCCCCGCGAGCCCAGGCGGGCCCCGAGGGCAAGGCCCCCGGGAAGCCGGCCUCCAGGGAGGGCCAGGAGACCGAGGAGGGCAGCCUGCGCGAGACCAAGGAGAUGGCCGUGCAGUAUGACGUCGAGGACCUCGGGCAGCCCCCCAAGGGUCCCGGUGGGGAGCCCGGGGCCAAGCCUGGCUCCCCGGCCAGGGUCUCGCAGGACCCCAGCGGCCCCAAGGAGGGGAGACCCAAGAAGAAGAGAGGCGGGGCCCUGCCCGCCCCUGGCCGCAAGGACGGUGUCCGGAGGAAGGACCGGGGUAAAGACGGAGAGCAGGGGCGGCCUGCCGGGAAACCCUGUGCAGACCGGCGGGGCGCGCGGGCCGGCAGCCCCCGGCACAGGGCCGAGCAGCCCGAAGGGACCAAGAAAAAGCCAUCUUCGGCCACCCCGGUGGCCAGCUCAGGGAACAGCCGGCCCGACCGCGGGGGUGCCCACCAGCUGCCAAGCAGGACGGGCGGGAAGACGCCGCCGGGGAAGCUGGCCGAGCGGAAGGCCCGCUCGCUGGACGAGGGUGCCUCCCGGGACGCCCCCAAGCUGCAGAAGCGGGCGCUGAGCCACGCGGACCUCUUUGGGGACGAGAGUGAGGAUGAGGGCCUGGGCCCGGGGCCCGCGGCACCCCCCGCCCUGCCCUGCCUCAGCUCCAGCUCGGACUCGGACUCGGACUCGGACUCGGACUCGGACCGCAGCCUGGGCUGCUCCCCCGCUCAGGGGCCGCGCAAGCGCCUCAAGGCCCCGCAGCCCCCCUGUCCUGCCCCCGCCCCCGCCCCCGCCUCCCCCUCCUCCUCCUCCUCCUCCUCCUCCUCCUCCUCCUCCUCCGGGGCCGGUGGGGAUGUGGACUACUCAGCUUUGGAGAAGGAGGUCGACUUUGACUCCGACCCCCUGGAGGAGUGUCUACGCAUCUUCAACGAAUCCACCAGUGUCAAGACAGAGGACAGAGGCCGGCGGGCCCGGCAGCCUCCCAAGGAAGAGAAGGUCGAAGCCCAGGGGCAUUCGGGCCUCACCACUCUGUUCCCGGGGCAGAAGCGGAGGAUUUCUCAUCUCUCCAAGCAAGGCAAGGAGGCAGAGCCCGGGAGGAGAGGCCCAGUGCCCCCUGCCCGGCCUCCCACCGCCCAGGAGGUGUGCUACCGGCGGGCCCAGCAGGCCCAGAGGGACUCCGCCGCCUGGCUCCAGGCCACCCAGCAGCCGGCCGAGAAGCCGUCGUCCUCCGUCCACAUCUCGGCCCCCGGCGAGAAGAGGAGGAUCGCCCACGUCCCCAACCCCCGCCUGGCUGCAGCCCCCACAGGUGCCAAGAGGACCCUCGCCGCCAGCAGCGGCCGGCCUCCCAAUGGCCCCGAACCGGGCGGCCAGCCCCUGAAGGCGCGCACGCUGUCCGGCAUGGCGUCCAAGACCACCGCCACCGUCACCCCCAAGCGUGUUGCCCACAGCCCGUCUUUACAGAGUUUAAAGAAGCCCGUUAUCCCAAAAGAGUUUGGGGGCAAAGUCCCCACCGUCAUCCGCCAGCGGUAUCUCAACCUGUUUAUUGAGGAGUGUCUCAAAUUCUGCUCUUCAAACCAGGAAGCCGUAGAGAAGGCGCUGAACGAGGAGAAGGUGGCCUACGACCGCAGCCCCAGCAAGAACAUCUAUCUGAACGUAGCUGUGAAUACCCUCAAGAAGCUCCGGGGCCUGGUCCCCAGCUCCACACCUGGUCUCAACAAAACCAGUGGCCGGAGGGUUGUGUCCCACGAGAUGGUGCUGGGGGGCAAGCUGGCCACCAAAACCAGCUUCUCACUCAGCCGCCCGAGCAGCCCCCGGGUGGAGGAUCUGAAAGGUGACCUGCCUGCCAAGAGGGCAGGGUCCCAGGCUGAGGACACGGCAGCCUCUACCCCUGAAGCGCCCUGGGCCAGCGCUGCCGAGGACUGGCUCGUUGCAAAGACCCAACCCUGGAUCUGGGCCUGCCGCUCCCCACCCCCGCACCGCCGCCUGCCACCACUCCAGAGGCCCCCCCCGCCAAGCCUCCAUCUCUGCCGGGUCCCCACCACCACGGUCCUCUCCCCCUGCCCCCGAUCCCGCGGGCCCGCCCUGUUUCUCAGGACCCCGCCCCCCGGCCCGCCUCGGGCCCGCCCAGCACGACAAAGCCCCGCCCCUAGGCCCACCCGGGCCCGCCCCUCGGGCCCGCCCAGCACGGCAAAAGCCCCGCCCCUCGGGACCGCCCAGCGUGACAAGGCCCCGCCCCCGGGCCCGCCCCCGGGCCCGCCCCCGCGCCACCCCAGCCCCGUCCCGCGCCCGCGCCGCCCGUUUCAGGCCGGUUGGCACCCGGCUAACAGCUCCGGCACGUCCGCCGCCCUGGCCGCCCGAGGACCACCCGCCCCGGCCCGCGCGGGUGAGCGGCGGCGCUCCCGCUGCUGUGCGUCCUCGGGUGCCCUCGCACCCUCUCUGGACUCCGCCCCGCCUGAGGGCGUGAGGUCGCGGCGGCCGCGGCGGGGCGUCCCUGGAGGUUGUCGCGGAGCGGAGCCCAGUGGGGGUGCCGGAGCGCCCGGGGUCCUGUGGAGGCCCCGGCGUCUGGGCCGCCGCCGCUGCGGGAUGCUCGAGGCUUCCGGCUCCCGGGAGCAGCAGAACUGGUUGUGA